GUAAGUGUAUUGCAGUGCCUUUAUGUUCAUGUUAAUACAUUUUUUCUAAAGAUAUGUUCAUGCUCUUACUCCCACAUGUGCCGGCCUACCAGCGGUGCUCAGAAAAACUGGUGUCACAGCUGAAGAAAGAGCUGGAGAAAACUCAGCUAAACACAGCCAGGUCACAAAGCGCUUUAAAAGAGUUGCAGGCAAACAUCUUGCAGAUAGAAAAGAGCAGCGCUGUUCCUAAUGAGGACAGUGUGAUGUAUCUGCAGACAGAGCUGAUCAGCUGUAGAUUGCAGGAAGCAGAGGCACUUACCGGUACUGAACUCAAAGUGCAAAAACAACACAUUAAAGACCUCGAGGAGAAAUGGCAGAGGCAGCAGGUGCAUUGUGGAGGUCAGCAGAAGGUCAGCAGCGCACAGAAUGAACUGCAGGUGGAGCUGUUAAGCACAAGACUGAAGGAAAUACUCACUCAAGCCGCGCUCAAAGAGAGCCGCCACAGACUGAUGAAGUUGCAGACAGAGGUUAAGACCCGCAGCUGAUAAUAUCUGCUGGUUUACAUCUUUAUGCACUGCAGUA